CAAUAGCAGUAGUAUUGGAUAUGCUUCGCCAGCCAGCGAGACCAGCGCCACCGGAGGGGAUGAUCGUGGUCCAUCUUCCUCCGAGGAGUCCAUCCCCUCCGGUGAGCCUUUCAUCACCACCCUCCCCCUUCAGACUCCCAGCAGCGAGACCGGCGAGGCCCCAGGGACCUCCAGCCUCCAGGUUGAGACCAGAGAGCUCCAGCCCCAAGGUUGAGACCAGCGUGGUGGCCACCGGGGGCCGCCACUUCCACACCGGCCUCCAGAGGACCCUCACGGCCAGCAGAAGCACGGCCACCACCACCACCCCAGGGAGCUCCAGCCCCCAGGAGGAGGCCGGUGUGGAGACCACCGGGGGCCGCCACCACAAUCCAGGCCGGGAGGAGGAUGCCACGACACCAGUAGAGGAGGGGGCGAGGUCUACAGGUAGAAUAGGCAAUUCUACCCACCCCACCUCUACUGGUUCUACACCACCUGAUUCGCCUAGUUCUACCACACUCAUAUUAGAAUCGACCAAUAGCAGUAGUAUUGCCCAUGCUUCGCCAGCCAGCGAGACCAGCGCCACCGGAGGGGAUGAUCGUGGUCCAUCUUCCUCCGAGGAGUCCAUCCCCUCCGGUGAGCCUUUCACCACCACCCUCCCCCUUCAUACUCCCAGCAGCGAGACCGGCGAGGUCCAACCCCCAGGUUGAGACA